CAUUAUUGACAAGUUAAUGACAGAAGCCGCAGGUGUUCAAUGGUGGUUCAAUGUUUUUUUAUGUUAAAAAUUUCUAACACUCAGAGGAAAAUGGUUAUUUCCUGAGUUAUUCGUUCCUGUGUACGGCAAAAAUGUUUAUAGAGGACCUCAGAAAUGACUUUUACAAUCUCCUUUUAGGCAAUCGCGUGUUAUUAUUAGUGCAUUAUGAUGUAGAUGCAAUAUGUACAUGUAAAAUACUUCAAGGAUUAUUCAAGAGUGAUAAUAUAUCAUAUACGCUAGUGCCGGUGGGGGGUAUUUCUGAAUUGAAGACUGCUUACGAAGAAAACAAUGAAGAAGUCAAGUACGUAGUGUUGGUGAACUGCGGAGGUACUAUAGACCUGGUCGAUAUCUUACAGCCCGAAGAGGAUGUGGUAUUUUUUGUGCUGGACUCCCAUAAACCGACUGAUGUCUGCAAUGUUUAUAGCGAUGGACAGGUGAGACUGGUGUACCGUGAUGAAGAAGAGAACAUUCCUAAUUUUGAUGAUAUAUUCAGAGAUGAUGAUGAAGAGAACGAAGAAGAAAUGCCAAGUGGUCGAGAAGACCUAGAAGCUUUUGUCGAGAGACGCCGUCAACGUAGAGAAUGGGAAACAAAACGAAACGAUCUUAUGUUUAACUACACUCAAUUCUCAUAUUAUGGUAAACCGAGUGCUUGCACAGCAGUAGAGCUGGCCUGGCUGCUAUGUCGCAGCGGAGUGGAGUACACGUGGGCAGGAUGCAUAGCUGUCAGCGCGUAUGCUGCCACUCACACACGCUCCCCUGCACAAGCUCUGCUUGAUGCACAUGCGCUGCAUCGACAUCUCGCCGCGCAACUACCUUCACAUGGUGCUUCAGUAAGCAUGGAAAAGGAUGCGUUCCUGCCACUCUACCGGACCUGGUCUUUGGAGAAUGCGUUGAAGUAUUCUCCAGUUGUGGCUCCUCAUCUUCGUCUUCAUUCACUGGCCGGUGCUGACAGAUUGAGGCAGCUAUUGGCAGAUAUGGGGAUCCCGCUGCAGCAGGCCCGCCAGGCUUACCGCUCCAUGGACGUGGAGUUGCGGCGCUCGCUGCUGGACGCGCUGGACGCCGCCGCCGACAAGCACCACCUGCCGCGCCUCACGCACGCCACCUACCUCCUGCGCCGCGACCACUGCGCGCCGCUCGCCGCACUCGACAUAGUCUACUGCGUCAUGGCGCUGCUUGAGCUCGAAGGCCCCGGCGGGUUCCAGCUGGCGCUGGCGUCGGUGGACACGUCGAGCGCGGAGUGCGAGGCCCGGCAGCGCGGGCUGGGCGCGGCGCGGCGCGGGCUGGCGGCGGCGGCGGCGCUGGCGGGCGCCACGCUGGCGGCGCGCGCGCUGCACCACGCCGGGCCCUUCGCGCACUUCACCAUCAGCGAGGGCGCGGCGGAGUGCGAGUGGGGUCCGUGGUGGCUGGCGGUGUGCGCGCGGUGGGCGGGCGCGGGCGCGGGGCGGGGGGCGGGCGCCGUGCUGGUGGCGGCGCCCCGGGGCCGCACCGUGCUGCUGUGCGGGGUGCCGCCGCCGCAGCGGACUGACACCAGGAAUCUGUUCGGGGCGGCGUUCGAGCAGGCGGCGGCCAAGUGCGGCGCCUCCGUGUCGCUCGACCACUUCGACUCCGCCGUGGUGACGCUGCCCGCCGCGCAGCGCCCGCAGUUCCUGGACGCGCUCACCGCGCUGCUGGCCUGACCGAGCCCAUCCUUGUUUAGUAAUAACACUCAAACUCUUCUACUGCUACGUGGACGACCUCACACCUGGUGUUAAGUGGUUACUGGAGCCCAUAGACAUCUACAACGUAAAUGCGCCACCCACCUUGAGAUAAAGUUCUAAUGUCUCAGUAUAGUUAC